UUUGUUUUCUUUUUUUCUUUUUUUUUUCUCUUUUUCUUUUAUUUAUCGCUAUCCAACUCCGCUACUCCCUAACGUUUAUUUUAUCUUAUUUUUUUUUUGCAUCGCCGGUCGACUGAAUUAACGACCGCCAAAUCCCGAACAGACGCACGCUGUCACAUCCGAUAAGGCGUUUCCCAACCGACCGACAUUCGACUACGAGAGGCCCCCCCGACUCGAGAUCUGCGAAUGUUGACUUACUGGCGGUGACGCCACCCACCUACCGUCACGUCUUAACCGACGGCGACAACAAACAAUUACCAAGUGACCCACGGUCUAGCCGGGUCUCUUUCUUUAUUUUAAUCCUAAGAGCCUUAUCGCUCGAUUUUAAACAAAAACUCAAAUCACACAAUCUCGUCAGAGAGCUCCGCAGCCAUGGCGCCGACAAAUUCAAUAAGAGGCGUCGUCAUCGGCCUCAUGUCCGCCUUCGGCAUCGCGGUCUUUCUGGCCAUUCUUAUCGUCCUAUUUUACUGUGUGAAAUUCACGUCAAAGGGUCGUAUCUUCCUAGAUGGUAUUCGAGGACCUGGAGAGUAUGACGACGAGCAAGCAUUUGCCAGGGAGGAGGAGGAGGCGCUAGAGACGAUGGAUGAUAUGCAAAGAACGGAAUACCUAAGAGCUAAAGCAUUCAUCGAGGCGAACCCUCCCGAAUCCAUGGACACGCAAAUAUCACUAUCACAAUACCUGGCCAUUCAAGAAAAGGGCGUUUCGGCCUGGGAGUUUGAACCCGAGCUGGAGAUCGCCAACUGCUUCGUCGAGGCUCGAACAGAGAUCGAGUUCUUUGACUCGGAGUGCUGCGUCUUGAGUAACCUCCCAGUUCCCAAGCAAAACGAGGUUUACUACUGGGAAGCCAAGAUCUACGAAAAGCCAGAUACUACAUUAAUGAGCAUCGGAAUGUCAACAAAGCCAUAUCCGCUGUUCAGACUACCAGGCUACCACAAGCACUCCAUCGCUUACCUUUCCAACGGAACCCGUCGAUACAACCAGCCAUUCAAGGGCACUAACUACGGCCCGAAAUUUGUCCAAGGAGACGUUAUCGGUGUUGGAUACAGACCGCGGACGGGUGCCAUAUUCUUUACUCGCAACGGCAAAAGGCUUGAGGAUGUUGCGCAAGGACUCAAAACCCAGAACUUCUUCCCUUCUAUUGGUGCCAAUGGUCCCUGCGUUGUUCACGUCAACUUUGGACAGGCUGGCUUCGUAUUUAUCGAGGCCAACGUCAAGAAGUGGGGUCUGGCACCGAUGAACGGAUCUCUGGCGCCACCACCUCCGUAUGGCUCGGAACAAGGGAGCAUUUUGCUAGAGUCGGGCAGGAAAGAUGGGUAUGCGCCGGCCAGAGGCCACUCACAAAGCGUAUCUGUUUUAUCAUACUCGAGACAGCAGCAUCCUGUCGACACAAGACACAGCCGCUCGCGUUCUGGGAACUUCAGGUCCUUACCGCCUACAAGUCCAGGGCCUGUCAGGAGUCCGACUGAUAUAUCUCUGGCCCAUCUGAUUCCGACCGACGAAGCAGGCGAGCCGAGCCGGAACCCCACCACAUACAGCACUGGAACCUCUUCCUCUUCUGCAGGAGCUGCAGAUCAAUCGCUGACGAGGUCGAACCUGCCGCCGCUCGGCCUUGGCUUGGAUUCUAGCCACCACGCGCCGCCACCUGAAUACUCAAGCCCAACAACUUCGGAGACCAGCGGAAGUCGCCGAAAUAGCUUUGACAGCGAAAAUGCGCCAUUGAUAUCCAUUACCAACAGGAGUCGGGGCGCGUCUUCUGCGACGGUGAGGAGCGGUACGGGUUCUAGGCCACCACACAGCCCGCCUAUUCCUAGCUAUAACGAUGCCGUCCGUGAAGGCGCUGGGCGUGACAGGAGUGAUAGCGCCAUGUCAGGAAGAUAGGCGCAUUUCUCGGUGGGGGUGGUGUUCCCUGAGCACGUGCUACGUGAAACUCUGGUUAGGAGUCUAAAGAGCCAUCCCAGGCCCGUGUCAGAACUCAAAUGUUUAGGGGGAAUCUGUGAAGUGAUGCUACCCACACGAGAAUUGGAAAGGAGUCUAGGGGGCGAACAUGUUUUCUAUGUCUUGGGGAGUCUUGCAUUGCGUAGGGGACGGCAUCGAACGGCCGAUCAAGAAAGGCUGAGUUCUGAGAGUAUACCCGCACGACUUGUCACUUGUUUAUCAGCACAUCAUCUUAUCUUUGAAUGGCUGCUAUUGUUUUUUUCUUCUUUCUUUCGUCUCCUUGAUGAGGUGGGGGGUUGCUUCGUAAUUGCUAUUUUGAAGAUACUGUGGUUUUAAGCACGAAACGAGCAAGCACAGGCAACUGGAUGGCAAUCCAGUGGCGUAUCCAUGGCACCAGGCGUUUUUGUAUUUGUUGUCGAGGCUUUUUUUUCUUUCUCCUUUUUUUUUUUUCUGUAGGUGGCUUUCCCCUCUCUCGUCUCUAUCCCCUCUUCUCUUUUCUUUCCGUUUUCUUUUGGCCUAAUUGACCUAGUCUAGAACUUUACCUACGUAUCUAUCAAUCGCGAGGGCACAAGCCCGUGACUGCCUUUUUUUUUUAGCGAAUAUAUUUGAGUUUCCCACAGAUAGUAAGACUAAUUAGGGUUGCUCAUUUUCCUUGAGC